AUGGCUGACACGUCCCCGAUAACCUCGGCCUCCCACUCCUCCAGCUCUAUCCUCUCGCUCCUCCUCGACGCCCUCACCGCCGUCUUCUCUUUCCUCUACUCCAUCCGCUGGUCCCUCCGCCUCUCCCAGCUAUUAUCCUUGUUCGCCCUUCCAUUCCGCCUCAUUCUCUAUCCCUUGCGUUUCAUCACCAGCAUAUUUCUCACGCUCUUCGCUCCCGCCAUCUACAUUGUAUCAUUUGGCGUUUCCGGCGUUCAAGCCCUCGCUUCCUUCUUUGCCAGCCUUGAGCCGUUGUACACAUUUUUCGGUGCAGCAGCAGGUGUGGGCAUUUUCGCCGGCAUCGUCAUCGCCAUCUCAUCCUCGCUCAUCACCUCCCAAUUAGGCAUGCAGGACGACGACGACGCCUCCACGGAAAGGUCCAGCUCCAAGCAGGGCUCCCUUCAAGACCCUCAAAGCCGCCGUGAUUCGUCUUCUACGGAGCUCGACUGGCAAUGGCUCGACUCGCCCUCGCACCGGCGCAGACCCGCCGCUGGGUUGCUGUCGCAGACUAUUCACGAGGAGGAUGAUGAUUCUGAAUACUAA